ACGGAAUAAUAAAAUUUACAGUGAAAAGCUGCAGAGGCGAGAAAGUGGGAAGGGCCUUGCCAGCCUGAAAGGUGCCUCUGCAUUGAAAUGGUAGUUUCCAUGCCAUCACAGGAGGGACAGACAUGUAAGGAAAAGGUCAGUCAGCUUCACAAAAGAUUUGGAAGAGCGUUGCCUUCUCUUUCUAAAGAUGAUGAAGUCUUAAGAUAUGGUGAAGAAGAAGCCAAAACUGGGUGUAAUACCAUUUCUGAUUAUCGUGACUUGCAACAACACAGAAAAAAAGAAGAGAGCAAAAAGUCAGAGGAAAAGAAGAGUGAAAUCCGUUUAAACAUUGAAGGAAGUCAGGGAAAAAAACCCACCAAAAACAAAAAGGAGUGCAAAAGGAAUACAAAGUUCAAGAUACCUAAAAUUGUUCCAAUUAGUCUGAUCGUGUUCGGGUUGAUCUGCCAGGCUGGUACUGCUCCUGUCCAUGGUCACAAGGUCAAAUCUUAG